GAGAGAGAGAGAGAGAGAGAGAGAGAGAGAGAGAGAGAGAGAGAGAGAGAGAAACCAAAAAAAAAAUGGAAGCGGAGAAGACAAUGGUUGUUCCGAGGGUAAAAUUCACAGAGCACAAAACCAACACGACGAGAAUCGUACCGGAUUUAACCAACAACCACCAAACCAGGGUUCUUCGUAUCUCAGUCACUGACCCUUACGCUACUGAUUCCUCUAGCGACGACGAAGACGAAGAUGAAGCCCACAACAACAGAUUCGUCUCUAAACGCCGUCGUAUCAAGAAGUUCGUCAACGAGGUCGUUCUCGAUUCCGGCGGUGCUGCUGUUGCUAAUAUUGAAACCGAAACCGAAUCGAAGAAGAGAAAGAUGAUUGCGGUUAAGUCGGAGUCUACUGCUUCUCCGGUUGUUUCAGCUACUACGACGACGACGGUGACGGGAGAGAAGAAGUUCCGGGGAGUGAGACAGCGUCCGUGGGGUAAAUGGGCGGCGGAGAUAAGAGAUCCGCUUAAACGUGUACGUCUCUGGUUAGGUACUUACAACACCGCCGAAGAAGCUGCCAUGGUUUACGACAGCGCCGCCAUUCAGCUCCGUGGUCCCGACGCUCUCACUAAUUUCUCUGUCACUCCUACCACCACCACGACGACGACGGCUGAGAAAAAAUCCCCACCACCGCUGAAGAAGAAGAAGAAGACGACGAAGAAGAAGAACAGCAAAACCAAAAACUCCGUUACAGCUUCUUCAACAAUCAGCGGAAGCAGCAGCAACGACUGUCUCUGUUCUCCUGUUUCCGUUCUCCGAUCUCCGUUCACCGUCGACGAAUUCUCCGGGAGCUCUUCUCCACCAGCAGUUGCAGCGGCGGUUGUUGUCAAGGAAGAGCCGUCGAUGACGACGGUGUCCGAAACUUUCUCUGAUUUCUCUGCGCCGCUGUUCUCAGACGAUGACCUGUUCGAUUUCAGAAGCUCGGUUGUUCCACACUAUCUCGGCGGCGGCGAUUUAUUCGGGGAAGAUUUGUUCACGGUGGAUAUGUGUACGGAUAUGAACUUCGGAUUCGAUUUCGGAUCUUCCGGAUUAUCCAGCUGGCAGAUGGAGGACCAUUUUCAAGAUAUUGGGGAUUUAUUCGGGUCGGAUCCUCUUUUAGCUGUUUAAAUUUUAAAAUAAAUAAAUAAAUAGUAGUUUUUAACCGGCCGUUAAUAAACGGAACCCGGAGAAAGUUUUGUAUACCGGUGAGAUAAUCUCGGUGAUGUUCGUUGUUAAUUUGUUUUUCUUUUUUCUUUGUUGUGAUAUAUAAUUAUAUAUAAGUCAAACUGUAUUAAUGUAGUUAAAUGGUGAUAUUAAUUAAGUAUAAAAUUAUUAACGUUUGUUAAAAUGACACCGUCUGUUAACGGUAA